AUGGAUGAGGUUGUUUUGGCAGGGAUGAAAAGGUGUGAAAAAAGGAUUUCUUCUCUACUAAGAGGUGCACCGACACAACCAGCGCCCACACACGCGCAGCAGCAGCUGAUGAUACUCGGGACACCAAUUGUAAAUGGCCCAUGUGCAGCCAUCUCACAACUCGCAGGAAGCAGGAUAUUGGGCCUUGGUGAUCUAGGGGUGCAAGGUAUUGACAUUGCUAUAGGGAAGCUGGAUUUAUAUGUUGCUGCUACUGGAAUAAAUCCUCAGAAGGUGGUGCAUGUGAAUAAGUUAAUAUUGGAUUCAUUUCUUUGGGGAGCUAAGCCAUGUAUUUGGAAUUUCAGUAACGGAGUUAGUUUGUGUAAAAUAGAUAAAUGUCUGCUAGCUUCUUAG